GGUACUCCACCCGCAUUACCACUUGAACUAGCCUCCCAUGACAGCUGAUUGGUGUUUGAUUGUACAUCUCCUUCUAACCGCCCACCUCUCGAACACAAACACCUUCGCUCUCGCUUGCUCUCGCAGCGUAGCAACCAGAUCACACCACUACCAACGUAUGUACGCAUGUAGCUUUCCUAUCUGACACUGGGGAGGAAUGACAAAAUAAACAUGUCAAAACAGAGCUGCCUUCGCUGCGCUCGGUGGAGUUUUUUGGACGAAAUUUUCGCUUAACCACCGAGUGAUCAUGGUGUUUUCGAAGAGAAAGAUGAAGCAGUUCCUAGCGUUCGGAGUGACGAUCGUGCUCGUGAUUUGUUUGUACAAAUCAUGGGGCAGUCCAACAAAUGGGAUGUCACAUUACGCGUAUGAUGAUGAUGAUAACGCUGCUAUUGGAGCGGCAGAUAACACGGCCGUCGAUCAGGCGAAUCGACGGGUCGGUUCAUCUCCCGAACGUCUGGUACUGUCGGUGGCCGAUCGAAACGUUCACAGGCAACAUAACAGCAUCGAUGGGGCAAGCGAUGAUGCCAACGGUGGUGUACCAUUGCGGCCCGACGACGUUGAGCGGGUGUUGAUACAGAACAAGCUACGGUCAUUCCGAAAGGGACCGUCAGUUAUGAAGAAUCGGCGAAUCGAUCCAUUGCAUGACGAUCUUACCCUAGACGAUCCCGAGCAAGAAACGCGCUUGAACGAGCUACACGAGGCUAAGCGACAGAUACUGGAGCUGGAACGUAAGAUACAGGAACUGGAAGGCCGGAUACCGCGAAAGUACCCGGAUGUAACCUUUUUAAACUACAAAAAUCGUAAACGGAUACUGAUAACGGGAGGAGCCGGUUUCGUUGGUUCGCACCUGGUCGACUAUCUCAUGAUGCAAGGCCACGAGGUGAUCGUGGCGGAUAACUUCUUCACCGGCCGGAAGCGUAACGUGGAGCAUUGGUUGGGACAUGAAAAUUUUGAGCUUAUCCAUCACGACAUCGUUAACCCACUGUUCAUCGAGGUGGACGAAAUUUAUCAUUUGGCCAGCCCCGCCAGUCCACCGCACUACAUGUACAACCCGGUCAAGACGAUCAAAACGAACACGCUCGGUACGAUCAACGUGCUCGGUUUGGCGAAGCGUGUGGGCGCCAAAGUACUCAUUGCCAGCACCUCCGAAGUGUACGGUGAUCCCGAUGUACAUCCGCAGCCCGAAACCUACUGGGGACAUGUAAAUCCGAUCGGACCGCGCGCCUGCUACGACGAGGGCAAACGGGUGUCGGAAACGCUAAGCUACGCGUACGCUAAGCAGGAGAAAGUGAAUGUACGCGUGGCGCGAAUCUUCAACACGUACGGACCGCGGAUGCACAUGAAUGAUGGGCGCGUUGUGUCUAACUUUAUCAUUCAAGCGCUACAGAACCAGUCCAUUACGAUUUAUGGAAGCGGCCGACAGACACGAUCGUUUCAGUACGUGUCGGAUCUGGUUGAUGGUUUGGUAGCGCUAAUGGCAUCCAACUACACACAACCCGUCAACCUUGGUAAUCCGGUCGAACGGACUAUACAAGAUUUUGCCGAAAUUAUACGCGAUCUGGUGGGAUGCAAGAGCAAAAUCAUCGAACUGCCCGCCGUCGAAGACGACCCACAACGGCGGAAACCAGAUAUUGCGAGAGCAAAGAAAUACAUCAACUGGGAACCGAGGGUUCCACUACAAGAAGGGCUCAUGAAAACGAUAGACUAUUUCCGCAAGGAGUUAGCUCGCUCAAAUCACUCGCAGCGAAACAUCUUUGUUCCCGAAACGACGGAGUUCCGCAACUUGCUAUGAUAUCGGGUACUGUGGUGUGAUGCGGAUUAGAGUGCCAGAUUUUGGGCAAUUGGGAUUUAAUCCAUCCUGCACAGAUAUGUACACCGUCGCUAAAAAGCACAAGGCGGACGACGUGCAUAAAAACGUUGUAGAUAUGGAGGGCUUGCCGUAAUGAAUAAGUGUAGCAAUAUUAUUAUCAUUUACUGAUACUACGUUUGUGCAAAAGCAGUGAGUGAGUAUUUUUCCGUAAAAGAUUGUAACAUUUCACUCUCCAAAAUUGAAGCAGUCUUUCAAAAAAUCCAGUAUCUAUUGGAAUGUGUAAAAGGUUUCGUGUUUGCAUUCUCUCUCUAUAUUUAGGGGACUGAAUUUAAAAUGUUUUAGCAGUUUUGAAGAUAAGCGCUACAAACAAGAUAGUCAAACAAUUGUUCGAACCGUAAAUGAUUCUAUACCGGCCUGAUACGAAUAGUUCGAGCGUGCAAUAGUGUAUGAAACAUUUUAUUGAAAGUGUGAACAUGAUUUAGAGAUAUUUUAUUAUGAUUUAUAGCAUAUACGCUGCAUCAAAUGCUGAGAGAGUGAACUGAUCUUUUUUUUACCGUUUUAUAUUCUCUUUUUUAAUGUAAAUACUUUCUAGUCUGGUUUUAAUAUUAGAGUGCGCAAUAUGGAAUGUAUUUUGGUUUGUCUGUUUGUUUUUUUGGUGAAGUUAGAUAAGAGUGCUGAGAAUCUGUUAAAUGUGUAAUCAAUAGUAAAAUAAAAUAACUUUACACCAUGCGAAUAAUAUGAAAUUUUAGAGAAAGGACGUCUUUUUAUUUUCACUUUACAAUAGCGCAAUUUUUAGCCUUUUGGAGUGAGGAGAAGAUUUGAACCAAAACUAUGUUUGCAAAACAAAAACUAA